AUGCGAGCGAAGGGUUCGAGUUCGAAAUUCGAAAGCGGUCAUGUCAUCGCCUCUCGGAUUUCGUAUAAGUCACCGUCCAAUGUCAAAAGCGUGCACUCACCGCGAGCGGCGAGCGUCCGGAGCCAGCGGACAAUGCAGUCGGUGGUAGUGUGGUGGGCGGUGGUGUCGGCGGCCUGGGCGCUGGCGGGCGCCUGCUCCAGCUCCAUCUCCAAGCGGCCGGCGCGGCCGGCGCGCCCGCAGCGCCCGCCGCAGCCCCAGCCGCGCCUCAACGUCACCUUCCCCAUCUUCAAGUGCGAGCCCGACUACUCGGAGUACUACUGCCUCAACGGCGGCUCGUGCUUCACGGUCGUCAUCUCGGACAGCCCGAUCUACAACUGCGAGUGCCGCAGCGGGUUCGUGGGCCCGCGCUGCGAGUUCAAGGACCUGGACGACUCGUACAUGCUGACGAGCCGGCAGCUCAUGAUGGAGACGGCGUCCAUCGCGGGCGGCGCGACCGUGGCGGUGUUCCUCGCGAUUCUAGUCUGCUUCGGCGCCUGGGUGCGCCUGCACCGGCGCGCCAAGGCGCCGCCGUCCGCUGAGCGCGGCGCCGUGCAGCUGGUGGCCGUGGCGGCGCCGCGCGGCCGCGUGCAGCUGUGCGCCGCGCCCUAG